AUGCGAGCGCCGCCGCUGCUGCUGCUGCUGCUGAUGGCGGCCGCGGGCCUGGCCGUGAGUCCGCUCGCGCGCCUCAACCCCUGGCUGAGCGCGUGCGAUCUGGAGGAGGAGGGCGCGAGCGCGGGCGGCGAUUGCGCGGCGUGCGGCGGCGGCGGCGCGAGCGCGCUGGCGGGGCAGGACGUGCCCGCGCUGUGCGCGCUUGGUGCAGGAACGCGCGCGCGUCGUCUGGCGGCGUUGCGGCUGCGCGGCUGCUGCGAGCGUUCACCCGCCUCAGCGCUCGACCGCGGCGCGCGCGCCGACGUGCUUGCCGGCGGGCCGCGCUGCGAGCGCACGCUGCGAGACCUCCUAGCCCUGGACGCGUUGGUGGCGCGUGUACAUUGCGAUUUCGUCACCAUCCUUCAGCGCUACGACUGCGACCAGUCCUAUUCUGUUCACACCUGUAACGAAUGCCAGCUGCCCUUUGCAGAGGAAUAUGCGCAGGACUAUCUCUUCGAUAACCUCGUCAACCAUGAUGAGGCGCCCGUUUUAUUUUAA